UCGUUUUGGCCGCCCCACUGCGAUGCUAAAGAGCGGGUCAGCCCCAGAGCUUUGGCUCUCUUAGCUAGGCUAACAGCGCGAUCUCAGCUGGUUUGUUGUGGUCGGAGCUGCCGAAAAUUACAAUUUUUGCACAUUCGCCAAUUGUGGGUUUUUGAGUCUGACGCGGUCGCUCGGUGCUUAAACAACGUUGUGCGCUGUGUGUUUGCCCGCAGUUUACACAUUUCCGAUUUGCCUUUGGCCGAGAAAUGUGCGUUUAGCGCCUCAUUUUGAUUUAGAUACCCAACGGGUGCGACACUUUGAAGAAACUCACAUCGUGAGGUCGUCGCCAGCUUCGUGACCUGCUUCGCCGAGAUGAGAUUACUUGUGCUGCUGUGGCUGCCGUUGCCAUUUCUAAGCAGCCUCUACCUGUGCAUCGGUUAUGCAACUGCCACUAAGGUAUCUACCGCUCGCGGCGUUGCACAAUACAGGCUCCCGCUGCCCGCGCCGCAGCCAUCACUAGUGACGCCAGCAAGUGAAGCUGCACCAAUGAGGACUGGAGUAGCUGUUGGGCGGAAUGAUACGAGGCCAGGCCAGGCCCGGUCUCCGACUCAGACGGCAUCAAACCAGCGCAGGCGCACACAGAUUGUCCGGCGACGCAGGCCGGUCAGCCGAAACUCCAGCACGACCACAUCAACGACGUCCACAACAACCACAACGACCACGACAACGAGUACAACAACGCCGCGUCCCAGCUUGGCCAAUGGUUUCAAUUUCUUCAAUCCGAGCUUCUGGAACUUUGGACAGUCGAGUCUUGUUGCAAUUCGGCCGCCAACGAAGCAACCCCAUCCGCCCAAGAAGUUCAGCUCCAAGGAGGAAAAGAUCAGCUAUCGAAAACCACCCAAGACCACCAUUAAACCCAGAUCCAGCCCGACCACAAGGACAGCCACGACCACAACCACAACCGUGAGGCCAACUACAGAUGGUCCAUUCCGCAUUGCUUUGCCCACACUGACAUUUGCCAGCGGUGAGGGUAAGCAGCGGGACAGGGAGAAGGAGAAACGGGCUGCCGCAGAGCUGCGCCACCGCUUCAACUGCCCACGGGAAAACGAGGUGCGCUUCCAGCUAUUCCCGAAGAUCUGCAAGACGGACAAGGACUGCGCCGUUUGGCAGCGGGAUGAGCUGUGCUGCGAUAUCUUCGGGUCAAGCAGCUGUGUGUCCGGAGUGGCUAAGCCCCUGGAGGAGGCAGCCCAUGCACCCAUAUUCGGCCUGAUACCACGCAAGUGCCCCACCAGGCCGCUGGCCGAGCUGUGGUGGGAUGUGCAGGAAUGCAGCACGGAUAUGGACUGCUGGCCUAGAGUUUGCUGCCCCGAUGGACGCCGACGGUACUGUCGCACCUCCCAGCCAGAGCUGGAGACGGCACCGGUGCCAGUCAAGCGCUCCUUUGACUAUCUCACCGAGUAUCUGGAGUGCACCGCCCCACCGCCACCCAUCUUUGAUCUGCAUCCAAAGGCGUGCACCUCCACGCUGGAUUGCUUUCCAAAUGUGUGCUGUCAGGAGGCGGGUCUCCGGCACUGUCGUCCGCCCAAGAAGUCCGUACUCACACUGAUGGCCAAUUUUCUCAACGUGGACUUUGUGAAGCGACUGACACAGAACAUUGUUAUCAAAUAAGCUCGGGCACUUCUAACCCAGUGCCACCAAUCGCAUAUGUAUGCAUGUACAUUUAUGUAUGUAUGUAACUUAUGUACGAAGGGUAUAUGGAUAGGUAUGUACAGUUGGACCUACUCUAUGUGUGUUGUGUAGCUAAGUUUCAACAAUUUCAGAACUGCCGCCGUGAUAUCUCGUUCAUAUUUGUUUACCUUCGCUGAUAAACAGAACGAAUCAGACACACAUAUGUAUGUAUGUACCUACACACACACACACGAUAUGUACUACGCAUUAUGUUUACCGAACAGUUCCGUUCUGUACCCCAUCUAAGCCCUGCACCUAGCUACCUAAUAUUAGAUGUAGUACACACGUUUUAAGUUUCAUUCGUAGGCUCAUAAAAAAUAAAACAUUAUUCGUCUA